UCAAAAUCCCUUGUUGUGCUGUGGGUCUCAUUGUUCUCUUUGGGGUUCUCAUCAUCUUGGUAUCAGAGCAGGUUUAUGCGGAUCAGCUAAGAGUAAAAAAAGAGAGUGAGCGAAGAAAUGAGAAUGAGCUUGAGGGUAUGAAAAACAAAGAGAAAACAACGCAAAAAGAGUCCAAAAAGAAAGAAAAGAUUAAGUGUUGAAAACGAAAAAAGAAAAUCAAUGGGUGUUUAUGGAAAAGAAAGUGAUGUCAAGGUUGUGGUCUUUGCAAAACAGCCUAUGUUUGUGCUUCUAUAUAAAGGUGCUUAUUUCAACACUAACGAACUUAAUGACUCUUUACCCAGUGUUGUUAAAUCUCUUUUGCAAGACUUCAAGGAUGUGUUUCCCGAGGACAUUCCUAAUGGUUUACCACCAAUAAGAGGAAUGGAGCAUUUUAUUGACUUUACUCUAGGUGCAACAAUUCCAAACCGACUAGCAUAUCGAAGUAACCCCAAUGAGAUGAAAGAACUUCAAAAGCAGGUUGAAGAACUCAUGAAGAAAGGGCAUGUGAGAGAAAGCAUGAGUCCAUGUGUAGUUCCAGUGCUACUUGUGCCUAAGAAGGAUGAGACUUGGCAUAUGUGCGUUGAUUAUCAUGCUGUCAACAAAAUCACUAUAAGUAUCGUCACCCUAUUCCUAGAUAGAUGACAUGUUAGAUGAACUGCAUAGUUCUUACAUAUUCAUUAAAAUUGAUUUAAAGAG